UCGUUAAAUUGAACACAUUGCACACGGAAGGAACAGCAGUGUUUAAAACAUCGGAGUGAAAGUUCUCGAUGCAAUUCUUCAUCAUAACCACCGUGGAAACAUUUUGUCUUUUGUCGGCGCUAGGACGCGGUACAGCAGAACUGUCUAGUAUUCCUACUGAAGUGCCUAACGAACCUACAUGGGAACCAGACAUUACUACAGCACUUCUGGAGCCCACAGGAUUUGGAUGUGAGGACGGGCCUAUAUUGAUUGAUGGACCUACCAGACCUACAUGGGAACCAGAACUUCUGGAGCCCACAGGAUUUGAAGGGGAAGGCGGGCCUAUAUUAAUUGAUGGACCUACCGGACCUACAUGGGAACCAGAAAAUAUUACAGCACUUCUGGAACCCACAGGAUUUGAAGGGGAAGGCGGGCCUAUAUUAAUUGAUGGACCUACCGGACCUACAUUGGAACCAGCACCGACAGAGACGUGCGUAUGUGAGAGAGCAUACGGUAUGGAGGAUGUCGGUGAUGCUACCAAGUUAUGCACGGCUGCCAUAAGAGCUAAAAUAUGCUUGGAAAGAAUCAAGUUAACGUCAGAUAUGGCGUGUGAUGGAUCAACUUCCACUGCUAUUUACCUGAACGAUAACAUCACGCCCGUAGUCAUUGAAACAUGCUGCAGUGGAACAGCAAUACUGCCGACUACUUUGGUUAUUACUGGUUGUGUUAUUAUUUUCUUCGAGAUGUUUCAUCGGUGAAAACCAGUGACAUUACACGUUGUCACCCUCUGUCAAGGUCAUCUGCUGUCAUUGACUCAUAAAACAUUGUAUAGAUAGUGCUGAAAUGAUCCACGUGCAAAACAGAUGUAAACUACACUUGCCGGUAGCUGGUGCUAACGGUGUGUUAAUGUUAUUUACAAGAACUUUGGAAAUACGAUAACGUUGUGUAAAUCUAGAUUAUUAAAGAGACUGUUUGAGUUUGCAGCGGCGGAUCUAAGGUGGCGCCUUAAAUUUUGCGACAGUUAUAUUUUUAAUUUAUUUUUUCAUUAGUGACUUUGCAGAAUUCGAGGAGUCCCUUGCAUUGCAGUGUAGAAUAUCAGUGUCGAUAUAUAAUACCAAUUAAUUGUGAACAUAUAUCGGAUGACUCCCACCCCAACCCCUCAAAAACGAAAAAACCGCUACUGAAUAAAGAAUUGGCUAACAAAUAUGGCGACUGUAAUUUUAAUAUUCACACUCAUUACUAUAUGGAUAUUUACCACAUUUACUGAGGCCCAUAGCUCAAUUAUUGUUAAAAUAGCAACAGAUUCAAAAUUGUAGUAAACAAAUGCGCCGCUAAAAGCUAUAAGUUAAAUUUUAUCUACACAUGUACCUUAAAUUUUGUUUACGGCACGACAGUAUUCACGGAGAAUGGACUAAAGGACAAAAUAAGAGAGAAAUGGGAAGAAUUCACACCGGAAGAAAUUUAAAAAAGAAAAAACAAAUUCCUCAUGAAAAAUAUGUUUGAGGACAGUCUACGAGCAAGACUGUAGACAUAUUGACCACCUUUUUAAGUAAACAAAAGUAAAUAAAAUUUAACUUAACUUUUGGCGUCGCAUUUUUUACGUCACCUAUGGGUUUAUAAUUUUCAUUGAACGUGGCAAAUAUCCAUAUAGUAAUGAAUGUGAAAUAUUAACCAUACAGUCUCCAUACUUUUUAAACAAUUCCUUGUUCAGUAGGGUUAUCGUUUUUGUUAGG